AGAGACAGAGAGAGAGAGAGAAGUUACAGUGCUCUGUUAUUGCACUGUACCAUUCCCUUCUUGACCUGAAGACCUGACCGGAGAGAGAGAAAGAGAGAGAGAGCAAGCGAGAGCAGAGAGAGAGUGAGAGAGAGAGAGAGAGAGAGAGAGAGCGGAGCUUGAGAUGGCUCCUGGCACCACUCAGUAUCAGACACCACAAGUGGACCACACAAGCCAGAGGAUAUAAGUGGACACUUUUCUGCUUUCAAGACUUUUCCAGGAUUACACGUUGCGGCUGUUAAUUACUUAAAGCUGGGGACGCCACAGCAGCAGCAGGUAAGAUGAGGUCCAAAAGCAGCGGGGUGGAGAGCCCAGCCAAUGGGGUGCUCGGGGUCCCACAGGCCGAUCAUGGCAUCAGCCAAGAACAGGAAGUGGGUCUGCCUGUGAAGAGCCUGAAGGCCAAAGUUCAACAGGAGGAAAGUGAGGACAAGGUGGAGGUGGAGGUGGAGGUCAUCUCAGACAAGGAGAAGCUACUGCUCGACUCCACCGAGGCUGGAGAAAAAAGAGGGAAUGUUGUGAAUAUGUCCAAAGAGGAGCUUCUGAAACUGCUCGGGAUCAUGGAAGGAGAAGUUCAGGCCAGAGAAGAUGUGAUCUGCUUGCUGAAGUCCAAACAGACUCCCCCAGAGGCCCUUGAAUCACAGUACGGCUCUGCGGUCCCUGGCUCGGCUCUCCAGGCCUUACAGAGGGAUGGCUUCAUCACUGGAACCAAGCCUCACAACCACAGUGUCUACCAAAAGCCUAUGGUUGAGCUGGAACGCCUCCAGGAGAAGCACAAGGAGACGUACCGGCGGAUGCUCGGCCAGUUGCUGCUCGCUGAAAAGUGCCACCGUCGCACUGUUCACGAGCUGGACACGGAGAAGCGUAAACAUGCCGACUACAUGAACAAGAGCGACGACUUCACCAACCUCCUGGAGCAGGAGAGGGAAAGAUUGAAGAGGUUGCUUGAGAACGAGAAAGCCUACCAGGUACGAAAGGAGAACGAGCACUCCAAACGUCUGGCCAAGGUGCGAGAGGAGCUGGUCAAACUGAAGUCUUUUGCCUUGAUGUUGGUCAAUGAGCGUCAGCAGCACCUAGAGCAAUUAGACCAACAGACCCAACGGGUCCAGGAGCUGAGCCAACAGCUACAGCAGCAGAACCAAGCUCUGAACGAAGCCAAGGAGCAUGCCCAGGAAGAUAGCCACAGGGUGCUGAGCCUGGAAGCUGAGCUUAAAGAGAAAUCCGGCAAGCUCACCCAACAACACGAAGAGAUGAGCGCCAAACUGGCCAGUCAGGAGGUCCAUAACCGCCAACUUAAUGCCAAGCUUUUGGGGCUUACGCAUAAAGUGGAGGAGCUAGAGGAAAGCAACAGAGCUUUGAGAAAAUCUGAGGAGGAACUCCAAGAGCUAAGAGAGAAGAUCAGCAAAGGGGAGUGUGGCAACUCCAACUUGAUUGCCGAACUGGAGAACUUGCGGAAGCGGGUGCUGGAGAUGGAGGGAAAGGAUGAAGAGAUUACAAAAACAGAAAAUCAGUGUAAAGAGCUAAGGAAGAGGCUACAAGAGGAGAAUGGAAAGAGUAAAGAUCUCAGGCUGGAAGUGGAGAAGCUCCAAAAGAGAAUGGCGGAGUUAGAAAAACUUGAGUGUACAUUCAACAGUAGCAAAGCUGAAUGUGCACAGUUACACACUGCUCUGGAACGGGAGAAAGUCCUGAAUAAAGAGCUUUCAGAUGAAGUGGUAGCUCUCAAGAUCCGUAUGAAAGAGCUUGAGUCUUCUGAGCUCAAGCUAGAAAAGUCUGAGCUGAGCCUUAAGGAUGACCUUAGUAAGCUUAAGUCAUUAACGGUUGCGUUGAUGGACGAACGAAAGAACUUGAUGGAAACAAUGAAGUCUGAUGAGAAGAAAAAGGAUGAUUUGAGCAUUAUGGUCAAAACUGAGCAGGGUAAGGUUAUGGAGGUGACAGAAAAACUGAUAGAAGAAAGCAAAAAGCUCCUUAAAUUAAAAUCAGAGAUGGAAACAAAAGUAGAGACUUUAACCAUUGAAAAGGGGGAGCUUAGCACCAAGCUCGCUUAUGAAAUUGACAAAACAAAAGAUCUUAAUUCUAAGGUCAGCCAAAUGAAAAAGAGGUUGGAUGCGUUUGAGCAAGCAGAAAAGCUGUCUGUGAAGAAUUCAGUCAGAAUGUCUGAUCCCAUUAGAAAAGAUGACAACAAAAUUAAGGAGCUCACAUUUGAAAUUGAGCGCCUGAAAAACCGUCUCAAGCAACUUGAAGUGGUAGAGGGAGAUUUAAUCAAGACAGAGGAUCAGUAUGACAUGUUAGAGAAAAGGUUCUUGACUGAACAGGACAAAGCCAACAUUCUCUCUCAGCAGGUAGAGGAAAUGAAGAAUCAGAUUGCACAUAACAAAGCAAUUGAGAAAGGAGAAGAAGAAAGUCAGGAACAAGAUCUCCGACAACAAUGCAAAAAAGAGGAGGCCAAAACCAGGGAACUACAAGCUGACGUGGUGGCCCUCAAGGAGAAGAUCCACGAACUGAUGCACAAAGAAGAUCAGCUUUCUCAGCUCCAAGUGGACUACUCUGUCCUACAGCAGAGGUUCUUGGAAGAGGAGGAGAAAGCCAAGAAUAUGAGCAUGGAAGUUUUCCACCUCACCAAAGAACUGGAAGUAGCAAAGCGCCAUAGUCGAUCACUACGGCCCAGUUUAAACGGGAGGAGAAUAGUGGAUGUAGCCGUGACAUCCACUGGAGUUCAAACAGAGGCAUCGCCCGCUGGAGCAGCGGAGGAGGAUACCCCAGCUGUGUUUAUCAGGAAGUCUGUUCAAGAAGAGAAUCACAUUAUGAACAAUAUCAGACAGAAGUGCAUGAGGAAACCCAGUGACAAAAGCAACCCCGUUGAGCGUUGUCCUUCAUCUGGCAGUGAUCUAGGUAUCAAGAAGUCCUGGAUUCCCUGGAUGAGGAAAAGGGACAAUACCCCUCAAGAUAACAACCUAGAAAAGCCUCUGCAUGUUAAUGGAGAAAAUUUACCCUCUGAACUGACAGUGCCCCAAAAGCAAGGGCAGCCUCUACACAUCAGAGUAACACCAGAUCACCAAAACAACUUGGCCACUUUUGAAAUCAGCAGCCCGACUACUGAGGAUGUUUUCUCUAGCUCAGCCCCCCUUAGCCCCAACCCAUCACAACCAAAAUCCAGAAUCACAAUCAUUCCCACCUACUCUGCACCGAGCCACAGGCGAAAGGCCCCUGCUGGACCUCACUGCCCUGAAAGGGCCAAGUCUCCAGUCACCAUCACAACUAUAUCUAGAGCCAAGUCUCCAGAAAGCAGUCGAGCCACCUCCACUUCCUCAGGAAGACCCUUGUCCCCUGUCUCUAUUACGACAGUGAGCACUGCUGUAGUGUCCGAAGCAUCUGCCUCACCAGAGCCCCAGGAGAUGACCAUGGGUCGAGCUGUGUUCAAGGUUACCCCUGAGAAGCAAAUGGUCCCAAUGCCUGUGCGGAAGGGCCACAACAACGCAAGCAUCAUAACCACCACUGAGGACAACAAGAUUCAUAUUCAUCUGGGCAACAGCAUCACACCAAAGAUGGUUGUCAGGCCAGUGGCUUCUGUAACAGAGAGCAAAGAAAUGACCUUAUCAACCGGGACAGUUUUGCGCUCGCCUCGUCAAAUCACAACCACUGCCACAAGGAGCACACAGAGUAAAGUGAUGAGCAGUAUUACAAUUUCCCCUGGCACAUCCACUUCUUCCAGGCCCACACAAAGCAUGACUGGGCACGACGCCCAGCCACCUCGCACUGGGCUAACCCGCAUCCCGAUGUCCAAGAGUCUGAAGACGGGGAAGGCUGUGCUGGGAUCCCUGGGGAUCUCAAGUGGUCUGAAACUGGAGACACGGGCUGAGAGUCAGUCUAUGAGAAUAGAAGUCAAGAAAUCCACUGUGAAUAGCAAUACUGUGCAAACUGGGGGCAAAGCCUGACUGACAUAAUACUCCCAGUUCAACUCAUCUACACAUUACAAGGCAUUUCAUUUUUUUAAAAAGGUAAAAUAAAAUGAAGUCUUUUCUAUUUGUUUGUCUCAUAUACAUUUCUGCAAUUUGAAACCCUAUCCUUUGUUACACAGCGUGUAUUUGUAUUGUGAUGGGCAUUUGGGUUAAACAUUAUAUCAGACUGUGCUGCUACUAAUGAAGUCUUGCUUUGAGUGAUUGUGUCACAUAUAAAGAGUUUGUUGAUAUGUUUUAUGAAGACACGUUAUAAGUCAAAAAUACUAGCUUUUGUGUAAAAGAUGUUUAUUUUCUCUGUACAGGAUUUGUACUGAAAUGCAUUUUAAAUAAAUGUGAUGAUCAGA